AACGGUAAGUUAGAGAAACAAACAACUUAUGAUAGUAGAACAUGUCGUGACUAAAAUAGGGCUCGGUGUGUAUUGGAUAUAGCAGGGAGUUUUAGGACUACUUGAGGUAGUUGCAUUUACUUGCUGAGUGGAUGUUGACUGACAUGAUACUACUAUGUAAGACUACAUAUUUCUCGGUGAAAGGGCUGCCUGACUACUCCGUACUCAUUCCAAUCUUGGCGGAGAUCCCUCCUGAUCGCGUGAGAGAACAGCUAUUCGGAGAAGAAGUGCAGGUCGGAGCAAGGCCGAGGUCGAGACCUGGUAAUGCCAGGUGGAGUGGCGCCGUGUCUUCUCUCGGAGAAAUUAUGGUCCCGUGUCUUUUACCCUUUCCCCCCUGGUGCCUUAGGCUAGAGGCCCUGCUUAGGUGUUCUUCUUCCGGGGAAUUUCGGUACAACCUUCCUCUCCGGGUUUUGUCUACGAUUGUCACUUGUUCAUUUCUUUGUGGCUUUGAAGGCGCGCACAAACCUGCGGCUCCCCGUAUAUACAUACGCUUUGACGACCUGCUGAGCCACAGUGGAAUCAAGCCUCCCCGGGUUCUCCAGGUCCGAGGCUCGUUUAGUUGGGGGAUAGACACGCCCAUGAAUAUGGGGAAGGUCUAAUCCUUAGGUAAGAUGAAUAGACUAUCAACUCCUAGUCUAUCUAGUUCCUCCUGCUUGUCCCGGAGUCCCCACCGAGCCGGAGACGCACCUCGUGGAAGCAGCUCAUCUCAUUCGCGGGUAAGCCAAAUGAAUCGGCCCGAGACGGGGAGAAAAGACUCCAAUUCUUGUGUGUCAGACGGCGAUGUCAUGUGAAGCGCGGAAGCGCCUUGCAUUAUUACACAGUAUCACUCGUCGAUGUGCGGAUGCUGUUCACCUGGAAACCCAAAUCCGGUCUGACCCUCAGCUGUACGUUGA